AUGAACUCCUUCCGCGUUGCCCGUGCGGCUCUCCGAGCUCGCCCCUCCGCUAUCCGAGUCCCUCUCCAGCGAAGAACCUACGCCGAGGCCGUCCCCGACAAGGCAAGAUUCAGCGAACCCCGUGCCCCAGCUACGACUGGGUUUUGCAUCAAGCUGAGCCUUGCCCUCCCUCACCAGUCUAUCUACAAGUCCCAGGAUGUCGUCCAGGUCAACAUCCCCGCCGAGUCUGGAGAGAUGGGUGUCCUCGCCAACCACGUUCCUUCCAUUGAGCAGCUGAAGCCUGGUCUGGUUGAGGUUGUCGAGGAGUCCGCUGGCUCCAAGCAGUUCUUCCUCUCUGGUGGAUUCGCUACCGUUCAGCCGAACUCCGUCCUCAGCAUCAACGCUGUUGAGGGAUACCCCCUUGAGGACUUCAGCGCCGAGGCCAUCCGAGCCCAGAUCGCUGAGGCCCAGAAGGUUGCCAACGGCAGCGGAAGCGAGCAGGAUAUUGCUGAGGCCAAGAUCGAGCUGGAGAAAGACAAUCCAAGGUUCAGUGCUGUCAGGGGCUCCAGGGGAAGAAAUGCAUCAAGGAAACCAAAUGUUCCUGGCUUCCGGCCUAGGACGAGCUAUGGACGAACUACCUCGAAUCGACCGAGCCAGGCUCUUCGAUACUCAGCUAGUACAGACAUGCUUCCUUCAGAAUCUUACAUGUCCUCAUGCCUUGACUCGACAACCCGCUCUCGUACUGCAAGCUCCACAGAGAAAUGCCAAGAUGCGAUGGACAUCCUUGAGCAGUAUGGAAUCUCUAGACCCGCGGGAUGGUUCUCGGAUGGCGACGCAGGCACGCCAGAUCAAAUCAAACAAACGAAAUCGAUGUUCUCGCAGAUCUGUCACUCGUGCGGUAACCCUCUCGCUUUCGAACGGUAUUGCUCGCACUGCGGCCACGAUUCUUGUAUGAAGUGUACGGGAGAGACCCCUGGACAACCCCUUGGUCACAGGGUCCUCAACAGUUCAAUACAGUAUCAAGAACACUCUUUCAUAGACAAGAUACCUGAGCUACCAACCCAAAGUGAAUACCCCGAAAGCGAACGCAGUCAUACUACACGGACUACAGUCGAUACUGCUUAUCGUCGUAAGCUAUCAAGGUUCGCAUCAGAGCCAGAUACACCAAGGACAUCCUUUAGAACCAAGACGCAAUCUCGCCAAAGACCGAAAACUGAUCACAACACCUUGAAGCCCACUCGGAAGAAGACGAUUGCGGCACCAACAGAGAUCUCUAGCUCAGUGAAGAACAACCCCUUUUUUGUGGCAGACAGGGGAAUGAAGAAAGAAGCCCCAGAACCUGAAAUCACGACGAGAUCAGUGCAAGUGGAACGUAAACCCAGGCCCUCAGACUGUGUACCUAAUCGUCUCAAGUCCAGCUCGCCCCGCGUUUCUCACAUAGAGGAACAAUGCCCCAACCCUGGUAGUAGAGCUACACACGAUGGUCACCAUCCAACGCGGCAUAGCAUUGGUUGUGCGGCCCGGCGUAGUCUAGGAGCACAAGUGGUCGAAGGUAAUAAUUUGGAUAUGAUUGAUACAGAUGAACAUAACCCUAAAGAGAAGAAGCACACACAGUCACUGAGGGAUUCACCAUCCCGAAGCAAGUUACAGAUGAAAAUUGACCAACUCUAUCAUCAUGGACAAGAUCUCCAUCACUCACAGCAUAUCAUAGAGCAUUUAUCAGCUGGUGUGCAGACUCUCGAGUCUUCUACGGAUGAGAAACUCACGAAUGGGCAAGACCGGCGCAUGCGGGCGGACGGCUACAGGUUGAGGGUACAGAGUCAAUAUGGCAUUGAUCACUCCUUGAGUCGAGACGAGUCUGUCACAGUGGCAAAAGACACUAUCGAACACAAUCUGAACAAAGAGCCGGCAGUGUCUGACGAGAUUGAGCCACAGCCACCUAAUCUUACCAGUUAUCAUAAGGGGGAUCGGCAUCCGAGCCCAAAGUCUCAUGAACCCCAUGACGAUACCCAACCCAAGGAUGCCCAUUGGAUAAAGUAUCCUAUCAACAAUAACAAGACCCAUGACGCGCCGAGAGACCACACGAGAACAUUGAAUUCACAAAUAGCUAGUGAAAAGCCCGUCUCUCAGUCCAAGGGACCGAAGAAAGGCCUCAACACCUCACCGGAGGCAAAUGAAAGGAUUGCGCCACCAGCUCAAAACAAGUCCUUGUCAGACAAAGGUCAUGAUGAUGAUCCCAACUCCAGGAAAAGGAUUGGCAAACUCGAUGAACUCGUUCCUGCGGAGGAAAUGAUGCCCAAACCAACUCCACGUAUCAACAAUGACUCUGAAAGACCGAAAGCCGAGGCUACCGACAGGAAGGAUAGUUGCUUCAACUGCAAUCCUACUCAGUCAUCAUCACCUAAGCAAACAGAGGGUGGUUUUCAGAUCUUCGUUGAAGAUGAGUCACAUAACAAGACUGAGAAUGAAUUGAGUGCUGCGUUUGAGUUACCCAUGCCUCGGCUCAAGGUAACGGACAUUGAGCAUUCCCUCGCUCGCAAGAGUGUCGAGGAAUUACUGGCCAAAAGUCCACAGCCACAAGAGAUAGCAGCAGAGGAGCCAAAGAGUACGAGACUCCUGAGCAUAACAGAGGAUCGAUCUCGCAACGACUCUGAAAUGUCAACAUUGAUCUAUGACCCUAGACCUGUGAUGCCUUACAACCACAUGUGUGCUUAGCGAGCACGCUACAUGGACCUCAAGAGCCAAGUUGACGAACUUGGGCUCGAAUCAGGUCGCCCGUCGCCAGCGAAACAGACUCAGGGCGUGUGCUUCCA